AUGGAUAUUGAAGAAGCAGAUAAUACAGUUUUAUCUUCUCCUGUCUCUUUCAAUCCCAUGGUUUGUCAGCAGAAUGGAGUUUUUUCUCUUGAAGAUCUUGCUUGGGUUGAUUCCUGCCUAAAUAAGGAUUCCGAGGAUGAAUUGGCUGGGACGACUUUCCAAGGAGAUCCUUUUCUGCCAACUUAUAAUGAAGACCUAAAGCCAACUUAUGAGAGGGAACAUGCAUCUGAGAAUAUCUUCAAGGCCUGGAAUUUGAAUUGUGCAAAUGAAGAGAUGGAGGAGGCAUAUGAGAAUAUCUUCAAAGUAUGGGAUUUGGACAUUCCAGUUGAGGAAGGUGAACUCGUUAAACAGUUGAAGAAAGCCCUAUCCGUUUUGGAUGAUUCAUAA